UGUGAGGGCCAGACCGUGACCCCAUAAAGCAUGAUCUCCUGUCCAGACUGUGGCAAAGAUGUUGAAGCAACCUUCAAAUUCUGCCCCUACUGUGGAAAACCUUUACCUACAGAGGAGCACGAGGGGUCCCAGACCUUUGUCAAGCCAUUCUAUGUCAUCCUCCCAAGCUUGGACUCCUCCCCUGAAAUCUACAUUCAUAUAUAUCAGACUGCCUGCUUGACAUCUACUGGAUGUCCCAUUCAAAGCCAGAAGUCCAUCCCUGGUCCCUCUGCCCUCUGCCCUCUGGCAGUCAGCAAUUUCUCAGCCACCAUGAACUCUGCAGUCAUUUUAUUCCAGAUUCAUGUGCAGGAAAUCAACUCCAACCAGGGGAUCCUUGCCCAGAUGAGCACCAGCAGCGGCAGCAACAACAUUCUGAUAAAAACCACUGGGGGGCCAAAGCAGAAGAUCAAGGAAUGGGAGUCUCUACACCUUUGUUUUGGAGUACAAAUGAGAAGGGGACUUAAGUGGUUUUCUCUAGUCCACCCCAGGGACCACCAGUAAGCUCUCAGGGAGGCAACAAAGUGUUGAAGGUACAGCUCAGUGCAGCCCAGAGGGUAAGCUCUGGGGAAACAGACAAUAUUCCUGAGAGGGUAGAACUCUCAGGAUUUGGAGCAGUCAGGUAGAGGUGUGGACUAGGUUUUAGCCAGAAGUCAAACCUCUUCAGACACAGGCUGUUACGAGCGGGGAUAUCUCCUGUGUGCAGAAAGUGUGGGCGAAGCUUUAGCAGGAAGUCACAUCUCAACAGACAUCAGAGGACACACGGGAAAAGCCUUAUAUAUGUGGGGAGUUGUGGGCAAGGCUUUAUAGAUGAGUCACCCCUCUACGACCACCAGAGUACACACUCAGGGGGCAGGGGAAAUAAGUCUCAGUGGAUGAAGAUGUCGGAACCAAAAUGAGAAAUACCUGGCCAUGA